AGGAUAGUGUCUUCCAGAUACUCACACAGGAGGAACAUGAGCUUUCAGCUGAUUUAGAGACGUCUCCAGUGCACUCCAUGGGGUUUAACGUUCUCUUUAGAACAACAGGUGGCGGAACUGAAGGUGAACUCACAGGUCAAGUCGACAAAACCUUAUCUGGGGGAUAACAGACUCAGUUCAGGAGAUGUCCUUGUAACGCAGAAAAAUGGAUCUCCUGAAUCAAAUUAUCAACCUGUGAUCCCAAGUUCCCUUUUAGUCCCUGAGGGUACAGAAGAGACGGAGAUAGGAGAAUCAUGGCAAUCAGACACAACGAGACAAGCCACGGUUACUGAUGCCUUUGGGGUGAUGAGGAAUGAUGAUCCCAGUCAGGAAGAUUAUCAACAAGCUCAAAAAGUAGAGAAUUACAUAUUUGGUCUUAUCCAACGCAGAGUUUUACCCAUGCGCCCCUCUAAGCCCCGCACCAGCCUCUCACAUGAUGCCCGAGUUGUCACUGUUGUGAGGCAGAGUAGUUUAUGCCGUAAGGAUGAACAAGAUUCACUAAAGCAGGUGUCUGUUCAACAGAUCUCAACUCUGUCCCAGUGUUCAGAGGGAACUGCCUCACAGGCUUGCCAAAAUGUGGAUCAGAAAUGUCAUCUAGGGACCAAGUUAAAUGAAGAGGCCUCACCCUUAUACCACAACCACCUCCUCCAAAGUGUCCCGCAUCAACCAGGAUUUUAUCACAAGCCAAGGCAGGCCUCUAUGGUUCACACAUCCAGCUCAACCUUGCCAGACUAUCUAUCUUGCAGUGUGCAGCCAGCCAAACAAGACUCCAGCAAUAGUGAAACCGAUUCAACCCUGAUUCAUAACUACCAGCCAGCUCCAGCUGUGUCAAAGACUCACUAUCCACCUUCUCCUGUUGGGCAGUUGGUCAAUGCAGAGUAUAUUCCAGCCCAGCCCUGUCGAGCCUACACCAGAGCUUAUGCCCAGUAUCACUCCAAUCCCCAGAAGGGCUCUGGGAUAGCUAAACCUAACAGAAGCAUGAUUUCUCCAGAAAGAAACCAUCAUCAUGAAGAGCAGCAGCCAACAGCUUCUCAGGUCCAGCCCUCCAGAUGUCGGGGGGGCCCAAAGAAGUGCCGUUUGAAUGAAGAGAGAAGUGGUGCCACUAAGAGGCUGGGGAAGAAGGCUUGUAGGUCUCAGUCAGAGAACAGCUUGCAAAGGGCUCCAGAGCGCAAGUACAAUACGGUAGAGAGGGAUGGUGGAGGAAGUGGGAGUGGUGGAAGGGGAAGCCGGAGUAGUCAAUCCAGGAGCAAGAAACAACAGCAAGGAAGUGGUAGCUGUCGGCGCUGGCAGUCCAGUCUUGAGCUCAGCCAAGAUGAAGCUGACCAGCUGCCCGUGCCGGCACCUGUGCCAAACCAAAGGGAGCUUUGUCCUAGGCGCACACGCAAAUCUCGUUCUACACAUACAUCAUAUGUCUCUCCACACCGCAACCACAAUCUCCUCCAACACUCCCACCAUCAUCAACCCAUGGAGUACCAGUUAGAGAGGGAUCAAGUGCCACUGUGUAAGCCAAGUGAGAACUACCUUCACCAAGAUCAGGGUGAGUCUGAGUCAAGCAUGAGCGAGGCUGACUCUCCAGACUCCAGCUCUCUAUCCAGUGACUCAGAUGAAAGUGGUGGUCUGGUUUGGCCCCAACAACUCCCCCCUCAACUUUCCCUCCCAUCACCUCCGGCCCCACCUGGAGCCCCUCUGCAGCCCAAAGCUUUUGUCAAGAUUAAGGCCUCACAUGCCCUUAAGAAGAAGAUCUUGCGCUUCCGCACUGGUUCGCUGAAAGUAAUGACCACUGUAUGAAGUGGAAUAAUGGCCAAAAUAAAGUAAUAUGAGCUGUCGAGCGUUGGACUAUGUAGCAUGACUGAACACAAACUGUGAAAACAACAAACAUUUUUAAUUAGGUAUGAUAUGAAAAUCUAUUUCUACAUGGAAGUAGACUGACUGAAUUGAUAGGAUGGCUUUAGAUCACCCUCAACAAGCAAUGAAAGAAAUGGCUAUCAACAUAUCAGUUAUUUGUUUAAAAAAUUGAUGUAAAAUUGUUUAUGAAGUGUAAUAGUUUGGAUGGAAAUUUGGAUGACUCAUGCUUCGUCAAAGGAUAGCCUGAUCUAAUGAAAUAUCCAAGCACAUCCGAAUACACACCCAAUGAACAAUUACAUCACUGUUUAUUUAGACAUUGUCUUGGAAGUCACAGUAUUUCAUGGUUUUAGCUUUUAGCCAUACCCAGAUAAAUGUUCAAUAUACAAGCGUUUUUAUGAGCUGUUGGUUCUCAUGCAAGGCCAUUUUUAUAUUUCAAUGCAAAUUUUGUUAUUUUUGGUCUUGUUUUCCUUCUUGUGUGGAUUGUAUGUAUGAUCGAUCUAAUUCAGUUACAUCAGACCUUUAACUUUAACCAUUUAAUAAGUAACUGCCUGAUCAUAAGCAUAACCUCUACACUCCCCUUUAAGUGGGAAUGUUAUUAGGCAGAAAAAAUAAUUGAUUUAAACAAAGCAGUUCAUGAUUUGGUUGGGAGGUGGACUAGGCCUUGUGAGAGUCAUGAGAGAAUAAUGUACCGGUGGCGAUGUUGAACUGUUGGGUACACCAGAGGAUGUUCACCUAAAAAAUGUCUUAAAUAAAGUCUCCAGUCAGUAGUUCUGACUGGAGCCUUAACUGAGUUUCUCAGGCAAACUGUUCCAGAGGGUUUGGACCUUGACAGCAAAGCCCCGGUCAGCUUUGGUUUUAAACAAGGAAUAUCUAACAUGACCUUAUUAGAAGAUCUCAGGCUAUGGGCUGGUGAGUACUGAUUUAUAAUUGUAACUUUACACACUGAGGCAAAAAAGGCAUCAGCAAUUGGUGGGUGGCAGACAUUAACAUUAGCUUUACACUCUCUAAGGAAGGCAAUGGUUCGACCAGUCCAUGUUUGCCGUAAAAAAGAAACAUAAAAUCACAAGCACCCCAUGUAAGUUAUGUUCAUUUCUGAGUGUUUACUGCCGCUGAUGGUUCCAGAUGUUGGCUGGGGAGGUUGGUGGUUGUCAUCAGCCAUCAAUAACAGUAACUUGAAAGUGAAUCUUGAAAGUGAAUCCAGGUCGUUACGAAACUACCCUGUGAAAAUGGUCAGAGACAAGUAGUGAAAGUUAUCCUCAGCUCUUAUUGAAUAUGACUCUUAUAUCUACCUUUUUCUCUAAUUCUGUCAUUCUUUUUAAAUGAAUUUUGGUAUUUAGGGAAGUUGCAUUUACACGACAGGUGUUUUUUCCCAUGUAGCGAGAAGCCUACUUAUUUUACUAGACAGGUGAAAACUGCUGCAUCUUUAAAGAGUAUGUUUUCAUUGCCAUGAAGUCAGCCUUAAUUUUAAAAGAAGGAUCCUUUGUCUCCCACUUUCCCAUGCAAGUUUAACUCCUAUUUAUCCAUCAUCUUUAUCCACUCUCAACAAACAUUUACAUGUGCACAUUGGAAAUGUAUUAUUGAAAUGCCACAUAUUUCUCCACAUAUUAGUACAGCUAUGAAAUAUAUUAUUGAUGGUUUUAAAUAUAUCUGUCAGACAUGGCCAAAUAUGAAACUGAAAAUGAGUGGUGCUGGAGGAGGACAACGUUAUUACAAUACAAAGUGCCUCUGAAUUUACGGCUGAGUUAUUAUUAUUAUUAUUUUCAUUUUUUAUAGCAGCAGACAAGAAACAGUACAACAGUAUCUUUGAAUUAUCGUGAGAUAAUGUUGGUGGGAUUAUGUCUCACUUAUAGAGCAACUUAUAGAGCAUUGACAUUAUAUAUAUAUACCCUAUUGAAGGGUGCUGUA